AAUGUGUGUCUCAGUCCGCCUCCCUGGGAAGUCAGAUCGAGGCUGGAGUUCCAUUGGAACCCUGCGCUGCAUUCCAUUCAUGCUGGGCAGCGGCGGCAACAGCAGCGGCAGCAGCAGCAAGAGAAAAGCGAGCGAGGCGCGGAGCCCUGAGUUGCAACGGGGGGUCUAUUCGGUGUGGAAUGUAAUUAUGGCAGGCACAUCCGAAGCAAGCUCCGAUUCAAGCUGGCUGAGGAGGAUGCCAGCACCCAUGAUGUCCUGAAUGUGGAGACGGGUGGAAGAAGAAGAGACGUUAGUCCACAGGAAACACCCUCCCCCUCUUCCUUGCUUCCUCUAUUGUCUUUGGUUUGCUUCUAUUUAUUUCGUGGUUAGGUUAAUGCAUGGGCAUUCCUGGAUGUGACUCUUCCACCAUGUGGCUCCUGAGGCUAAAGCACCAUCUGUCAGUCAACAUCUGGACCCUGCUGCUUCUGAGCAAUGCUUGGCUGCCAUUGGCAGAAGGCACUCCCAAGUCCCCCUCUCCGUUUAGGACUUUCCAGGUCACAGACUGGAGUUUGACACACUUAGUGGUCCACAACAAAACUGGGGAAGUGUAUGUGGGUGCCAUUAACCGGAUCUAUAAGCUUGCAAACAAUCUGACACUGAUGCGCACUCAUGUGACGGGGCCAGUGGAUGACAAUGAGAAGUGCUACCCACCGCCUAGUGUGCAGUCUUGCCCACAUGGGCUAGUCAGCACCAACAACGUUAACAAAUUGCUGCUGGUGGAUUAUUCUGGGAACCGCCUGAUAGCCUGUGGCAGUGCUUCUCAGGGCAUCUGCCAGUUCCUGCGCUUAGAUGAUCUCUUCAAGUUGGGUGAGCCCCACCACCGCAAGGAGCACUACCUCUCCAGCGUCAAUGAAUCUGGAACUAUGUCGGGUGUCAUCAUUGAGGUAAAGAAUGAGCAAAACAAGCUCUUCAUUGGAACACCCAUUGAUGGCAAGUCUGAGUAUUUCCCUACACUUUCCAGCCGCAAGCUGAUGGACAGUGAAGAGAAUGCAGAGAUGUUUGGCUUUGUUUACCAGGAUGAGUUCGUCUCUUCCCAGCUCAAGAUCCCAUCAGAUACACUUUCCAAAUUCCCUACAUUUGAUAUCUACUACAUUUACAGCUUCAGCAGUGAGCAAUUUGUCUACUACCUGACCUUGCAACUGGACACCCAGCUUACCUCACCUGAUUCUACUGGGGAGCAAUUUUUCACCUCCAAGGUUGUCCGGCUGUGUGUAGAUGACCCCAAGUUCUACUCGUAUGUGGAAUUCCCCAUUGGUUGUGUUCGAGAUGGCAUUGAAUACCGUCUGAUUCAGGAUGCUUACCUCAGUAAGCCUGGAAAAGCACUGGCCAAGCAGCUGGGCAUCUCAGAGCAGGAGGAUAUCCUCUUCACAGUCUUCUCUCAGGGGCAGAAGAACAGGGUCAAGCCACCAAAGGAGUCUGUCCUUUGCCUCUUCACACUGAAGAAGAUCAAAGACAAGAUCAAGGAGCGCAUCCAGUCUUGCUACCGAGGAGAGGGGAAGCUUUCUCUGCCCUGGCUUUUGAACAAGGAAUUGGGUUGCAUAAACUCACCCCUGCAAAUCGAUGACAAUUUCUGCGGGCAGGAUUUUAACCAGCCGUUGGGUGGAACGGUCACCAUCGAAGGCGUGGCACUUUUUGUGGAUAAGGAGGAUGGCAUGACAUCAGUGGCUGCUUAUGACUACCGUGGGCACACCGUGGUCUUCGCUGGCACACGAAGUGGAAAGAUAAAAAAGAUUCUUGUGGACCCUGCCAAUCCCAUUGGACGUUCAGCGUUGCAGUAUGAGAAUGUCGUUGCCCAUGAAGGCAGCUCCAUCCUACGGGACUUAGUGCUCAGUCCUGAUCUCCAGUACCUCUAUGCCAUGACUGAGAAACAGGUGACUCGUGUGCCAGUGGAGAGCUGUGAGCAAUAUACAACUUGUGCACUAUGUCUGGGGUCCAGGGAUCCUCACUGUGGCUGGUGCGUCCUACACAACAUCUGCUCACGGAAGGACCGGUGUGAACGAGCUGAUGAGCUUCAGCGCUUUGCCUCAGAUCUACGCCAGUGUGUUCAGCUCACUGUCCAGCCCAAAAAUAUAUCAGUCACCAAGUCAGAAGUCGAGCUGGUACUGCAGGCCUGGAAUGUCCCUGAUCUCUCUGCUGGUGUGAACUGCUCAUUUGAAGAUUUUACAGAGUCUGAAAGUCGCAUUGAAGAUGGUAGGAUCUACUGUAGCUCUCCUUCUACAAAAGAUGUCAUCCCUAUUACUAGGGGACGAGGUGAUAAACGAGUGGUAAAGCUCUACCUCAAAUCCAAGGAGACUGGGAAGAAGUUUGCUGCUGUGGAUUUUGUCUUUUACAACUGUAGUGUUCACCAAUCCUGCCUGUCCUGUGUAAAUGGGUCCUUCCCUUGCCACUGGUGUAAAUAUCGCCAUAUUUGUACUCACAAUGCGGCUGACUGUUCCUUCCUGGAGGGACGUGUCAAAAUGUCUGAGGACUGCCCACAGAUCCUUCCAUCCACCCAGAUAUAUAUCCCUGUGGGUGUGGUGAAGCCCAUCACCUUAACAGCCAAAAACCUGCCACAGCCACAGUCUGGCCAGCGCAAUUAUGAGUGCAUCUUCCAUAUCCCUGGCAACCCGACCCGUGUCACUGCCCUGCGCUUCAACAGCACCAGCAUCCAGUGCCAGAACACCUCGUAUUUCUAUGAAGGGAAUGACAUCAGUGACCUCCCAGUGAACCUUUCUGUGGUGUGGAAUGGAAACUUCAUCAUCGACAAUCCUCAGAACAUCCAGGCUCACCUAUACAAGUGCUCAGCUCUGCGUGAAAGCUGUGGCUUGUGCCUCAAAGCAGACCCACGCUUCGAGUGUGGCUGGUGUGUGUCAGAAAAACGGUGUUCCCUGCGCCAACACUGCCCAGCCUCUGAGAGCAGCUGGAUGCACGCUAGCAAUGGCAAUAGCCGCUGUGCGGACCCCAAAAUUAUUAAGCUGUCCCCCGAAACUGGCCCCCGGCAGGGUGGUACCCGCUUAACCAUCAUCGGUGAGAACCUGGGCCUGAAGUUUGAGGAUGUGCGCACGGGUGUGCGGGUUGGCAAAGUGAUGUGCAUUCCCAUCGAGCGCGAAUAUAUCAGUGCUGAGCAGAUCGUCUGUGAGAUUGGAGAAGCCAGCCCUAGCAAAAUCCAGGAUGCCCCUGUGGAAGUUUGUGUCAGGGACUGUUCCCCCAGCUACAAGGCCAUAGCCCCCAAAAGCUUCACUUUUGUGGCUCCUACGUUCUCACAAGUGACACCAGCUCGUGGCCCCCUCUCUGGGGGCACCUGGAUUAGCAUAAAGGGGAAGCACCUCAAUGCCGGAAGUGACAUCACAGUGACCAUCGGAGGGAAACCAUGCGCCUUUUCAUGGAGAAAUGCUGGUGAAAUCCGGUGUAAGACACCAUCUGGUGAGAACUCAGGGGACUCGCCCAUCUUCAUUCAUAUAAACCGGGCUAUACUUAGCAGUCCUGAGGUGACCUAUUACUAUACUGAUGACCCCACCAUUCAGAAGAUCGAGCCAGAGUGGAGCAUCAACAGUGGUGGGACACUGUUGACUGUGACAGGCACCAACUUGGCCACUAUCAAGGAACCCAGGAUCCGAUCCAAGUAUGGCAGUGCUGAGAGGGAAAACAAUUGCACGGUCUACAACGAUACCACCAUGGUGUGCUAUGCCCCCUCCAUUGACAAUCCAGUACGGAGUCCUCCGGAGCUUGGUGAUCGCCCAGAUGAGAUUGGUUUUGUUAUGGAUAAUGUCCAGGCCUUGCUGAUCAUCAACAGAACCAACUUCGUCUAUUACCCAGAUCCUGUGUUUGAGUCUCUCCCUUCCGGCAUGCUGGAGCUCAAGCCAAGCUCCCCACUCAUCCUCAAGGGCCGCAACCUGCUCCCUCCAGCACCUGGCAAUUUCCGGCUGAACUACACUGUGCUGAUUGGUGACACUCCCUGUGCCCUAACGGUUUCUGAGACCCAACUUCUCUGCGAGUCACCAAAUCUCACAGGGCAGCAUAAAGUGACGAUCAAGGCUGGGGGCUUUGAGUUCUCCCCGGGGACACUGCAGAUCUACUCAGACAACUUGUUGACCCUGCCAGCCAUCAUUGGCAUUGGCGGGGGUGGGGGCCUCCUCUUGCUUAUCAUCAUAAUUGUCCUCAUUGCAUACAAGCGGAAGUCCCGGGAUGCUGACCGCACCCUCAAACGCCUCCAGCUGCAGAUGGACAACUUGGAGUCUCGCGUGGCCUUGGAGUGCAAGGAAGCCUUUGCUGAGCUGCAGACUGAUAUCCAUGAGCUGACCAAUGAUUUGGAUGGAGCCGGCAUCCCCUUCUUGGAUUAUCGCACCUAUGCCAUGAGAGUCCUUUUCCCUGGGAUAGAAGACCAUCCUGUGCUGAAAGAAAUGGAGGUACAGGCAAAUGUGGAGAAAUCAUUGACCCUCUUUGGGCAGCUCUUGAACAAAAAGCACUUCCUGCUGACCUUCAUUCGUACCCUGGAGGCACAGCGCAGCUUCUCCAUGAGGGACCGGGGCAAUGUGGCCUCUUUAAUCAUGACAGCCCUGCAAGGUGAAAUGGAGUAUGCUACCGGAGUGCUCAAGCAGCUUCUCUCAGACCUGAUUGAAAAGAACUUGGAAAGCAAGAACCACCCAAAACUGCUCUUGAGGCGGACGGAGUCAGUGGCUGAAAAGAUGCUGACAAACUGGUUCACGUUCCUUCUGUACAAGUUCUUAAAGGAGUGUGCAGGUGAGCCUUUGUUCAUGCUGUACUGUGCCAUCAAACAACAGAUGGAAAAGGGACCCAUUGAUGCCAUCACUGGAGAGGCCCGCUACUCCUUAAGUGAAGACAAGCUCAUCCGUCAACAAAUUGACUACAAAAUGCUGACACUGAACUGUGUGAACCCUGAGAAUGAAAAUGCUCCUGAGAUCCCGGUUAAGGUCUUGAACUGUGACACCAUCACACAAGUAAAGGAAAAGCUUCUGGAUGCUGUGUACAAAGGAGUGCCCUACUCACAGAGACCGAAAGCAGGAGACAUGGAUCUGGUGAGCACCAUCCCCAGUGACCCCGUGCCCUUCUCUUCCAUCGGUGCAGAGUGGCGGCAGGGCAGGAUGGCUCGGAUAAUACUACAGGAUGAAGACGUAACCACAAAGAUCGACAAUGACUGGAAAAGGCUCAACACCCUAGCCCAUUACCAGGUGACAGAUGGGUCUUCUGUGGCACUGGUGCCCAAACAAAACUCCGCCUACAACAUUUCCAACUCCUCCACCUUCACCAAGUCACUCAGCAGAUACGAGAGUAUGCUCCGGACAGCCAGCAGCCCCGACAGCCUCCGUUCCCGCACCCCCAUGAUCACUCCUGACCUGGAGAGCGGCACCAAGCUAUGGCACCUGGUGAAGAAUCAUGACCACAUGGACCAACGAGAAGGGGAUCGUGGCAGCAAGAUGGUCUCGGAAAUCUACUUGACCCGCCUGCUAGCUACCAAGGGGACCUUGCAGAAGUUUGUUGAUGACCUGUUUGAGACCAUCUUCAGCACGGCCCACCGAGGGAGUGCCUUGCCUCUGGCCAUCAAGUACAUGUUUGACUUCUUGGAUGAACAAGCUGAUAAGCACCAGAUCAAUGACUACGAUGUCAGGCACACUUGGAAGAGUAACUGUCUACCUCUGCGUUUUUGGGUGAAUGUGAUUAAGAACCCCCAGUUUGUGUUUGACAUUCACAAGAACAGUAUUACUGAUGCUUGCCUAUCAGUGGUGGCUCAGACAUUCAUGGACUCCUGCUCAACUUCUGAGCACAAGCUAGGGAAAGACUCUCCCUCCAAUAAACUACUGUACGCCAAGGACAUCCCCAACUAUAAGAGCUGGGUAGAAAGAUAUUAUGCAGAUAUUGCUAAAAUGCCAGCAAUCAGCGACCAAGACAUGAGCGCCUACCUGGCGGAGCAGUCACGGUUACACCUGAGCCAGUUCAACAGUAUGAGUGCGCUGCAUGAGAUCUACUCGUACAUCACCAAGUACAAGGAUGAGAUUUUAGCUGCUUUAGAGAAGGAUGAACAGGCCCGAAGGCAACGGCUGCGGAGUAAGUUGGAGCAGGCAAUUGACACAAUGGCCCUAAGUAGCUGAAAAGGCCGAGACAGUGCUGCAGACUUCCUUAGCAGUGGAGACUGGGAGAGAGAGGGCGAGCGAGUUGCGGCAGCAAGCAAGAAUAGAUUGGGGCCUAGCGCACGAAACCGUGCCCAGAGUCUGCUGCGUCUUGGAACCCUUUACACCAAUGGAACAGCAAAAUGAAAGACAAAACUUAAAAACCACCGUUAUCAAAAACAAAUUGAAUCUGUCUGAAGACCUUUUGAAAGGAGCGACGUAGCCAAGAAUCUGAAGGACCCCAGGAGAUACGCAAGGAGGGCCUGGGGAAGGAACUCCAGCUUGACCGCCACUGCCCACUACUCCCACCCCACCCCAAGGCCUGUCCCAGAUCUGGCAGUGGAAGGUUGGGGACUGCACUAACUCCUAGGACGACGUUUUUACAUUAUGGUUUCCCUGUAGCAGGCGGGUGGGUAGGCUUAUCAUUUUUCCCCCUUCUGUACUCGUUUCCUUUCCCGCCUUGCCUGCACACCUCUGCUCUUUAUCUUCCCUUCCUUUCUCUCUCUCUGACCUUCUGCCUCUAGUGUUAACUGCUAUAUUUGCACAAUUUCCACAAACUAGAUUUUUUUUAAAAAAAAAUUAAAAGCAUAGGGAUAGGGGGAGGGGAGGUUCUAAAUUUUCAAGCAAACUUUGCAGGAUUUUUUUUUUUUUAAUGAAAGAACCAUUAUUUGGUUUGGAGUAGAAAUGGGGGGUGAGUGGGACCAAGAGAAGCAUCCCACUAAUCUUUGGUUCUUCCUACAUUUUGCCCUGUGCCAUGCUUUGUUUGAAUGUGUUUAGCACAGGCCAAAUAGAUGCUCUUGUUUUGAAUGCUGCUUAAGCGGGUGCUGGAGGUGUAGACCCAAGAAGGCAAAGAUCUUUAAAAAGUUGGGAUUGCCAUAUGUAGCUAGUCCCAAAGGGACAUCUUCCCCCUGUUCGUUGUGACAGGCCUAGUAAAUCACUUUGCAGGAAGAGGUACAUGUAGAAAAGAAAAGAAAAGUCCCAGCUUUGCCUUUUUAUAGAUAAGUCUGGAUGAGCUACUUGGAAGUUGAGCUUAGCAGCUCUUCUGAAGCUCUCUUUGCCCCAUCCUUGUAGUAUACUCCCCACCCCCAUUUGUAAGCUUUCCACUUGACAUAGGGGCACUUUCAAACAAGUGAUUCUACCCUAUUCAGGCACUGUCUAGGCACAGUGAAUGGGGCUGCCUAUUUGAACCGAUUCCCAGUAUUCCCUCUUCCGCUGUCGAGGAAAGGUUUCUUAGUAGCAAAUACAGUAGCACUUGAUGCGGUCUAUGCGGGAGGCCUACAGAGCAGCUAUAUCUACCUGUGUUAGCUGCGUUGUUCCUCCACAUUCCCAUGGCACUGGCAGUCUACGGAAACAUUGGCCCUAGUCGAGCGAUAUCAUCAGGGCAGGCUUCAAAGAGAUGAGGAACAAAGCGUGAUCCAGCGUGGAGCUGCAGUUUAGCACGGACAGAAAAAGCAUUGAGUGGGUGGCCCCCACUUGUGUUUUUAUAGUUGGAUGUGUGUGUAGUUGGACGUGUGCAUGUACACACACCUUGUUAGAAUAUUGAAUUUAUGCGUCAUCCCAUUUUCAGCCAAAUUCAGAGCACCUCCCAAAACGAGGAGGAGGGUCGAAGGCAAGAGGAAUAGUUCAGACAACAAAAGCUCUGCUUGUAAUGGAAGUCCUUGUCAUCUGCAACAAAAUACCCCUAAUUAGAAAUCUGCGUCAGCAGAUUUUGGGGGGUUGCGCCCAUGGGAAAAGGGAGAGAUAGUACAAAGGAAGAAGGAAGUAUGGCUUUGUAAUUGCACGGCAACAAUUCAGUGGCUGCAUUCAGACAACACAGUAGUCAAUGGUGGGUUAAUAGUCAACUCCAUGGUUGAUUAUCAAGGGGAUACUCCCCACACGACAUAUUCUUAAAAAACUGUGGAGUGGUUGGGACUGGCGUUGAGUGGACUAAUAGUCAACCUGGCAUUUGGCUGACACAGCCCCUGCCCCUCUCCCCACCCUCCCUCAGUUCUCCCGGUGCUAUCCCAGCAGUCUCUGUGAGUUGUGCCAGCUGUAGCAGAGUGGCUGGCAUGGCUUUGGCCACUGUUGCCCAGGAACUCUGUAGCCAGCCGAGAUAGUCCAUUCAACCCUGCAAAAUAGUCUACUGAGCCCUACAAACAACAUGCUAACCAACGGUUGUGCAGAUAGUCAAUUCUGCAGAGUGUUGGUUAUCUCCGUUGGUUAUUUUGAAGAACGUGUGAAUCGUGGCGUGGUUUUUGCCGAACAGACAACACAAUAACCAACCGUUGACUAUUUAACCAACGGUUGACUACUUAAAUCACCGUUGGUUGUUGUGUUGUCCGAACUGAGCCAGUAUCUCUCUUCUGUGCUGCUGUCAGCGAAGAGCCAAGAUCCUCAAGUAAAGAGUUUAGAAUCAUUACUUCCUUGCAAGAAUCUUUAAAUCGGAAGUGAGCAACUUGUGGCCCUCCAGAUGUUUUGGCCUACAACUCCCAUCAUCUUUAAUCAUUGGCUCUGCUGGCUAGGGCUGUUGGGAGUUACCUAUCCCUGCUUUAAUUGAUCUGUGAUGACACACACAUAAAGGUAUUAUCCAUACCUUGUUUCAGCUACCUUGGCUCCCAACCUCUCUAGGUAGCAGGAAAAUAAUAAUUUCUGUUGGGUUGGCACAGCAACACCAAUUCCCAUCUGAUGGUACUGCAGCUAGUAGAAGAGCACACAGAGGCAACUCCUACAACUGGAGUCCUAUUUUCUGUUCUGUGCUAUUUGGGCCAACCCAAAGGCUUUAUCCCCUUUCCACAAUGCUGCUGGUUGGUGGCUGGCUUUGACCUUCAUGUUAGCAAGCUCCCAUUACUGUAUUGCAGAAGGCCAGAGGGAACAGGUACCAAUACUGUGAAUGAGCAGAAAGAGCUUGGUGCUGUUAGUCACCUGCACAUUAUCCAGGUUGCAGACAAGUACCUCUGGUGCAAUUAAAGGCAAGGGUUCCCUUAGUGCUGCCAUAGAUUUUUCUAAGGCAUCUUGUAUUGUGUGGAAAUGUUGCGUAUGCCUUCGUUUUAUGUUGGCUCACACUUGAGUUAGAAGGUAUCCUCAUUCUAAAAUACACUCCCCCCCACCCCCCGCUGUCCCUGGAAUUUUGUACAACUGUCACUGCAGCUCUAUCAUUGAAAUGUGAAUUUUUUACUGUUGGAAAGGAGCCUUUUAUUCAUUAGUUACAUUCACAUUUUGAGUGGGGGAAUAUUAUUCAGCAUCACAGCACCUCUGCAAAAGAAGUCGUCAUUGUUCUCACUUUACAAAUAUAUAACUGAAGCUAAGGGAAAGUAAGAGUGACUUUCCCUAGUUAAGCUAGGAUUUUAAUCUGGCUCUUUGGCCUACAAUCUACAUGCUGGCUCUCCAUCAUUCUAUUUUCAACUGGCCUGGGACUCUUGCACCAAAGGCUGGUUUAUACAGUCACUAAAAUAAACACAUGAACUAAAUUUCAAGCACACUAGCAAAACAUUUCUGAAGAUCUUGAAAUGCCCACUCAGUUUGGGUUUCCCAGUCCAUCGCUAACAAAGAGCCAGGACAUCCCAGAUUCAGCCUACAGGAAGUGGGAGACACAAGAACUUUCAAGGGCCUCAUCAGGAUUCUCCUCAAAAUCUGUUUCUCUUUGCUCCUCUCCUUUUUGCCCAUUAUCUCUUCAUUCCACUCAAUCUUUACUCAGACUAACGUUGCAAUUUUAUAUAUGACUAUUCAGAAGUAAGUCCUGUUGAGCUCAGUGGGAUUUACUACCAAGCAAGCAUGUAUAGGGUUGCAGCCCAACGCCCUCAGUUGAGUUCUUGAUGGAUGUAAUGCCUUUAAUUAUUAUUUUAGGUUUACCAGUGUGAUGAAGCCACUGCCCUAAUUCAACUCAGGUGUCCAAAUCCACCAAAUUUUCAGCCUUCACCCAUCCACCCACCACCAAUAAACUAAGUUGCUAUCUCAGCCUAGGUAAUGUUGAGAGAGAGGCUGUGUUGCAGAACUUACCGAGCCUGACUUUGCCCCUUCCCUUACAGUGCAAAUAAGGGGAAGAGAGGGAUGUAAUGAAGUUUUUAAUUAAAAUUUAAAAUGUGCGUGUGUGUGUAUAUAUAUAUAUGUUGUUACAAUCUAAUUCUCAUGCCCCAGUGGGGCACUGUAUAGUUAACUGAAGGAGAUCAAACCAAUAUCAAACAUGGUUAUUACACAAGCAGUGGGAAACCAAAUUGGGGGGGGGGGAUCAAAUAUUUCUCACCAAGCAGAACAAUCUUUUGUGAAGCCUAUAUACAUCUCAGAUUGCUUUGUAAUUUUGUUUUUAGCCUUUUUAAUUUUUUUUAAUUAAAGAGGAGGAAGAGGAGAAGACAAGACAAUAAAAAUAA